AUGCUGCCGACAAGCCUUUGGGAGAGACUCCCCUCAUGGAGGCAGUUUGUGCAGGAUGCCAUGAAGCUGUACAACUGCUCCUUGAGUUCCGUGCAGAUCCUGAGAGGCCAGCUCUUGAAGACGGAUGCCGGUGAACAGCGUCAGUGUGAGCUUGGAAGAUGGUUGUUCUUUCCCUGGGCGCCGUUUGCCUAG